UUUAUAGUUUUUUCUUUUUGUUUUUGUUAAUUUAGAUCACAUUCUGGGUUUCUGCUCACUCACUGAACUCUUCAUAUGGAAAAGCUGGUUUGAAGAUUUGGAAAGGUCUACAUUUGUAAGCGGGAUUCAGGAUUGCGUGUUAUUGGCCUUCCUGCAAUGGGCAAAUCACCGGCUAAAUGGAUCAAGACUGUUCUGUUUGGGAAGAAGUCAUCCAAACCUAAUAUAUCAAAAGGAAGAGAGAGAAUUUCAAAUCAAAAAGAGGUGGUGGUUUCUGCCAGGGAAGCAGGAACUGAAUUUGUUUCAAACCCACCUGUGGCUUUUCAUGAAAGCACGAACACCACAGAUAAUAACAGAGGGUUAGAAUUGGAGAACAGGGAAGCUCCAAGUGUAUUAGGUGAUGGGGAGCCAGGAACCCAAAGUACAGAUUCACAAGGGUCUACACCACAAAAUGCAGUAUAUGAUCCGGAAACAAUCAGGCAAGAGCAAGCUGCAACAAAGGCACAGGCUGCCUUUAGGGGUUAUCUGGCUCGCCGCGCCUUUUGGGCUCUAAAAGGCAUAAUAAGGCUACAGGCACUUAUCCGUGGGCACUUGGUCAGGAGACAAGCUGUUGCUACACUAGGCAGUAUGUUGGGUAUUGUCAAGCUACAGGCACUCAGUCGUGGACGACAAGUCAGGCAGUCUAAUAUUGGUCUUGAAGUGCAAAACAGAUGCCAUGUGCCGCCUAUGGAGGGCAAGCUAGUGGAUCCUGUUAGAGUUAAUAUCUCUACUCAAAUGGCAAAGCUAACGGUUAAUGUUUUCAUUAGUAAGCUUCUUGCUUUCUCACCUAUUGUCAUGCCUCUGCGUUUACAUUAUGAACCUGGAGAUCCAAAUUCAGUUCCAAACUGGUUAGAACGUUGGUCAGCAACCAAUUUUUGGAAACCACUUCCCCAACCAAGAAAAGUUCCAGAUUCAAAAUCUCAGAGAACACAUCGGGAUCCUCAAACAGGCAGGGUAAAGCGAACCACCCGGAGGCUUCCAUCUGCAAAUGUUGAAAGUGUGUCGGUGCAAGCAACCUCUGAACCUGAGAAACCCAAACGUAUCCUUAGGAAAGUUUCCAGCCAGCCAGCAGAUCCAGUGGUAGAAAAUCCACAAAUUGAGCUUGAAAAGGUUAAACGCAACUUGAGGAAGGUUCAUACUCCCAUAGUAGAGAACUCCGUGCAGACGGAAGUUGAAACUCAGAAUCUUAAACAGAAUCUGGAAAAGGCAUCAAGUGCUUCAGGUCAUAAUGUUUUUGAAGGUAUCACAGAUAACUCUGUUGAGAAGAUGAAGAAAGGGCCAAUAGAUACACCAUCCAAUCUACCUGAUGCAGAAAUAACACCCGAAGCAUCAGCGCCAAAAGAGGUCUUUGACUUAUCAUCCCAUGAUCAGGUUGCAAUGGAUUUGAAGACUUUGACAGAGGGCACUGGUAAAGAAAUAAAUACACCUAGUGAUGAAGCUGCAGUCGAGUCAAACAUAUUAACAGAGAGCAGUAAAAAAGAUGAAAACAUUCCUGUUCCAAAUGGGGUUUUGAGCCAGAAGGAAGAUUUAACAAGCAAUGACAACCAUAAAUCAAGCAGGAAGACAUCAACUCCAGCUAAACAAGAACGUUCAGAGAAUGGGUUGCAAAAUAGUCCAACAUUGCCAAGCUAUAUGGCAGCAACUGAGUCUGCAAAGGCAAAGCUGAGAGCACAAGGAUCUCCUAGGCUUGGACUGGAGGCUACUGAGAAGAAUGAGAAAACCAACUCCACUCGCCGUCAAUCUCUGCCAUCAUCAGCUAAUGGAAAAAUCACUUCACAGUCUCCAAGGACACAGAAACUGGUUCAAUCAGGUGGAAAAAUCAAAAGUGACAAAUCUCUGUCGGCCUCCAGAGACGGAAAUGGGAAGGCAAGCCAAGCAGAGUGGAGAAGAUGAAUUCGUAAAUCCACUUGGGUGUCUAUUACAAUUAAAGCAGCAGAUAUUCGUCUCAGUUUUUGAUUUAUGCAGUGUGAUUCAAAGUGUUGUGAAACCAUAACGUGGUCUAUAUUGUUAGAGGAUUGUGUUGGGCCAAGAGCCUUUCCUGAUUUGUCUGCAUUUGGGAUGUGUGUGAAUGUACAUCAUAGGUUUCAUGCUUCUACUAUCUUGCAUUAAAUCUAAAGACUGGUUGGUUUGGAGUCCUUUGACAUGAUUUCCAGCAGUUCCUACUGGUCUUGUAUAGUGACUGAUUAUGGUUUUAUUUGUGCUUUCAUGUUUGUUACGGUAAACUUAAUCGUAUUUGGUACU